AUGGGGUCAAUGGACUUAACACCAUUAAAAUGUCUUAUAAACAGCAUAUCUCGAUUCAUUCAUCUGGUAACAUGUCGUGUGUCAGCUAAGAUGCCAGCUGAGAAAGAUUACAUAAAUGUAAUUUCCAUGUUGAAGCAUUUGAAACCGCUGCUCGAUGAUUUUGUUGAUCACAACACUCCUUCCGAUGAAGCUUUUUCCAAAGAAUGCGAGCAGCUGGAUUUAGCUGUGAACGAGGCUCGAGAAUUUCUUGAGAAAUGGUCUCCAAGAAUGAGCAAGAUACUUUGUGUACUGCAAAGUAAGCCAUUGGUCCUGAAAAUCCAGAUUUGUUCAGUUAAACUAUCUUGCGCUCUAUGUGGACAUUUUGAGUUGUCGCAAAAGACAUCAAGUCUAUCCAAUGCUCGUUUGUGUGCACAAGAAUGUCAAAAACUUAAGCUCGGCCAGCUACCAAAACUCAUAGAAAACGCCGUUGAAUGCGAGAAAGAUGGAAAACCCCCUGACGGCGAGCACCUCAUGCAGAUCAUGGAGUUUCUGAACCUGAAAUCGAGUGAAGAACUCCUGAACGAGUACAUUUCGGUAGAGAAGGAGAAUAAAAAAGCCCAACAAACCGAAACGAAACAAGAUUUGGACCGAAUAUCUCAAAUCCUAACCCUCAUGUCACACCUCCGUGAUCAUGCAGUUAAGCUCGACAUAUUCAAAGCCCCGAACGGCAUUUCCGUGCCCUCAUACUUCCGGUGCCCUCUGUCCCUACAACUGAUGUCAGAUCCUGUGAUCAUUGCCUCGGGUCAGACUUACGAACGGGCAUCCGUUCAGAAAUGGUUGGACCAUGGGCUCGAGACGUGCCCUCAAACGGGCCACAGGCUCUCCCACCAGAAUCUCACCCCUAACUACACCGUUAAAGCCCUCAUAGUCAACUGGUGCAACGAAAAUAACGUGCGAAUCCCCCAAAACCAUGAAAUUACAAAUUCAUGCCCCCAAAACGAGACUGAGAAAUUCUGCUGCCAAUCUUCUCCCGAGCACUCAUACGUGCACAGUCGCAGCGAGUCGGCAUCUAGCGCUGUUUCCAGCAUCGACUAUACCCCAUCACCCGAGAUCGAGAGUUCGAGGCUGCUCCCGAGCAAUCCGGAUAGUGCAGGCUAUACGAAAUCCAGUCGGCAAGUUCUCGGGCCAUCUCCUUCUGAGUUGACAUAUGACGAGCUGACCACUGCCUCACGCGUCGAAAAGCUCGUCGAGGGCCUCAAGAGCCCUUCGACCGACACACAAGCCGCUUGCGCCCGAGAGCUCCGUCUCCUCGCAAGGCACAACCGGGAGAAUCGGGUCAUCAUUGACGAGUGUCGGGCCAUCGGCCCGCUCAUCUCCCUCCUUCGAUCCGAAGCCCGGGAAGUGCAGGAGCACGCCGUCACGGCCCUCCUUAACCUCUCGAUCAACGACAGCAUCAAAGCCCGGAUCGCGGGCCAAGGGGCCCUCGACCCGCUCAUCCACGUGCUCUCGACCGGGACCCCGGUGGCCCGCGAGAAUGCCGCGGCAGCCCUUUUUAGCAUCUCGCGUAUCGAGGAGUAUCGAGUGAAGAUCGGGCGGUCGGGGGCCGUUCGGGCGCUGGUCGAGCUUUUAGGGAACGGGAGCAUCCGGGGGAAGAAGGACGCGGCUACAGCGCUUUUCAACCUGUCGAUAUGCCACGAGAACAAGGCGAGGAUCGUUCAGGCGGGGGCGGUGCGCCACCUGGCGGGGAUGGUGGUGGAGCCGAGGGGGGAGAUGGUGGACAAGGCGGUGGCACUGCUGGCGAACCUGACGACAGUGGGGGAAGGGUGCGCGGCGGUGGCGAGGGAGGAAGGGGCGGUGGGGUCGCUUGUGGAGGUGGUGGAGAGCGGGUCCCACAGGGGGAAGGAGAACGCGGCGUCAGUGCUGCUGCAGAUGUGCAUGGGGAGCGCGAGGUACUGCAGGAGCGUGCUGCAGGAAGGGGCCGUGCCGCCGCUCGUCGCCCUGUCUCAGUCGGGAACCCCGCGAGCCAAGGAGAAGGCUCAGCAGCUUCUUAGCCACUUUCGGAACCAACGUGAGAGUGCCCUGGCGAGAGGAAGAUCGUGA